AUGGCGGGCCCCGUACGACAACCCAUCGAUCAGGCCGCAUUGGAGCGAUACCUCGAUCAGAACGUACCCGAAAUCCAGACACCGACCCAGCUGGGCCAGGUAAGCCAUUGGGCAUUGCUUCCGGGACUGCUCCGGCAUACAUGCUAAGAACGUCUCUGCCAGUUCGGCUUCGGCCAGAGCAACCCGACCUACCUCAUAACCGACUCCAACAAAGCCAAAUUCGUCCUCCGCAAGAAACCUCCCGGCAAACUGCUCUCCAAAACCGCCCAUCGCGUGGAUCGCGAAUACACCGUCAUCCACGCGCUCGAGAAGACCGACGUCCCCGUCCCGAAAGCCUACGUUCUCUGUGAAGAUGAGAGUGUUCUCGGCACGGCGUUCUACAUCAUGGAAUGCCUCGAGGGUCGGUUCAUUGACAACUCCGCGAUCCCGGGCGUCAGUGAGUAUCAGAGACGGGAGAUGUGGAGGGAUGCAGUCCGGACUCUGGCGAAGCUGCACCGUGUGAAGCCGAAGGAUAUCGGACUGGAGAAUUUCGGGAGGCCGAAUGGGUUUUACAAGAGACAGAUCAAGACUUUUUCUUCCUUGGGGAAGUCGCAGGGUGAAGCGAAGGACAAGGAGAGUGGUGAAGAGGUGGGACAGUUACCGCAUUCUGAUGACUUUAUGGAGUUCUUUGGAAGGGAACAGGACCAGCCGUUUGAUCGAGGAGUUCUGUUUCACGGCGAUUACAAGAUCGAUAAUCUCGUCUUCCAUAAGACGGAGCCGAGGGUUGUUGGCAUCUUGGACUGGGAGAUGGUGACGAUCGGCCAUCCCCUGGCCGACUUGACAAACCUGACACAGGGUUGGACGAUCUCGAACGCUACCAAGUCCUGGCCGAGAAAGCAUGCGGAUCUCGCAUUCCUGGAUCCGUCGGAUUCAAAAUCGACGAGGAAGCAGCAUCCUGGACUCCCGACGCGAGAGGAGUGUAUUAAAUGGUAUCAAGAAGAUGUCGGCUUUGCGGUCAGUGAGAAGGAUCUUGCCUGGGCGACGGCUUUUGCGCUCUUUAGGGAUUCCAUCAUCUUCCAGGGAAUCGCUGCGAGAUAUGCCACGCGGCAGGCGAGUUCUGCCUCCGCGAAGGAGUAUGCCGAGGAGAGGGUGCCUUUUGCUGAGAUGGCGUGGGAGAAGGUGCAAGAAGCGAAGAGCAAGUCUGGCGGCCAGUCCAAAUUGUAG